CUCUACUCAAAUUAGCGGGUUCAAGUAAAUCGUUCAGAAUGAACUGUGCAACAUCUGCUUUGAUUUAACCCUGAAAUGACUGCGGAAAGAAAAUGUCAAAAGAAGAAAGACAAUCUCAAUUUCCUACUAAUGGAAGUGAUACCAGCAGGACACCAAAUGCUGGAUUUAAUGGUCCUCUGGUUGGUGGUGAUCAUGGUGGCACUUUGGACAGUUUCAGCCAUAGAGGGCAACCAAAAAGAGACUUGAAGAAGGAAGUAGAUAAAAUGUAUGAAGAAUUUUUGGCUGGAUGUCCAGGGAGUCAUGGGACAAAUGAGAAUUUUGGAAAUGCAAGUCCUUCUCUAGGACAGUGGAAUCCUUUGAUGAAUGAAAGCAGAACUUCAUUAAGUGACACGGAAGGAGAAGAAAGCAUCCGCCCUAUGAAACCAUCUGAAAACCGAGAUCAGCAUCGUCGUUGUGUCUUUCACCUCUCUUUGGAGGAAGAAGCCGAAUCAGUGAAGCUUCAAACAGAGAAGCCAAUGCUUAACAGCUCUAUCACGAUGAACCUUCAUUUCUAUCAUGAAGAAAGACACUGGAUAUCGCCCGAACUUUUCAUCCCCCCUGAUCAACUCGAUAGUUUUUGUUAUCGUUAUGUGGUUAAGUACAAGGAAGGAAUCACCAAAAAGGUCUGGAAUUUUGUAACUUUCCGUGGAAAUGAUGAACAAACCUUGAAAGAGACAAGAAAUCGCCGGUUGAAUAGUGGUAGCGAUCAGUAUGACAUUUUUCGUAAUCCAAAGGAAAACAUUGGGAUGAGGACUAUUUUCCGCGGACAACUGUUUUAUGUCAAGUGGCUGUAUCAAAUAUUAGGUAGAGGUGGCGAUCUUAAAGAUAUGUUAAUUGAGUGUGAACAUGUGGGCUUUGGCCACCCAAGCUAUUUGGAGAAUGAUAUUGGUACUUUUUUUCAGUGGGUUGUGGAAAGCACCACUAAAACUCCGUCUCCUUCUCAGUGUGUGUACAUAUGCUGUCUUCUUGGCCAGUUCGUGCAUCGCAUGGGUGCCUCAGCUGAGGAUUAUUGUAGCAGGCUUGAAACGAAGGCUAUCGACAGGCUUCUAUUGUUGCUGGAACUCUGCUCUUUCGAAGCAUUACCUAAAAGCAGUGCAACCUUUUUUAAGGAUGUGGCAGAAUGUCUUUUUAAAGCUGGAUCCUCAACGGGAUGUCUACUUUUCAUCAAAAUUUUCUGCAACCUUCUUGAUUUAGAAUACGUGAUGCAGGUGGCAGACAAGCUUUCCUCACAGUCCUACAUGGAUCAGCAAUUCAAUGGACAGGUGCCAAGUGUGCUAGCAUCUCUAAACCUAGUUAAAGACGUGAACAGUCGCAACAGAUUUUGCUCGUAUGUGAUAGGGCAUGCCCCAAGUGUUGAAUGCCUUUGGAAUCUGUAUGACGCGAUGUUACAGAGGUGUCCUGACCUGUUGUUCAUCCUCGAAGAAGAAUUUGCCCGCGUCUAUCUAAAAUUCACCUCACGCCAACGUGCAAGAAAGCCCGAUCUUCUUCAUCCAUGUUUUUGGAGUGCAGCACCUGAGAAGUUAAAAGAGAGACUUGCCAGUCCAUUCUGCGAAGUGUUGGUUGAACAGAUCUCUUCAGAAACCAUCUGUUCGCGUGAAAGAACCAUCUGUUCGCGUGAAAGACUAGACAGUCUGAGGAGCAUUGCUCUCGAUCCAAAAUUGCAGGCAGCAAAUGCAUUUUGUCGGCUUAUUAUGAAUGUCUCAUCACAUAAAUCUGUGGAAAUGGUGUCCAUGAUUCUGAUUCUCCUGAAAAGCGCGGCAUUUCUAACCUGCUGGCGUACGCGAUUCUCUCAUGAGGAAAUGUUGAAAGUAUCCUGGAACUGGGUAAGAUCACAGUUUUUAGGUAAGAAACACAGCGAACAAAUUCUUGCCGUUGUAGAGGCCAGUGCGACAAUACGUGCAACAGAUGCAGUAAAGACCAAUGAAACUCUAUGCCGUGCUUUGUUAGAGCAAGUAGAACAAAUGGUUUUGAAAGCAAAUUUCCAGUCCGUUAUGGAAGCAGUUGCGGUUGCACAGAACCGGUCGCCCACAAUCCUGCCACGUCUAAUUACUCUCCUUAGAAUGGUGAUAAAAAAUAGAAGUGGAGCCGGUGAUCUUCGCUCAAGAUAUAAGCAAAUGAUACGUCUUCUGGGCUAUGAUGGUUCAAGAGAAAUAGAGAAGAGUUUACAGAAGGUGACACUAGAUAGAGCCCAGGAAGAGCUUUUAGUCUCUAUUGUGGAACUUAUCCAAAUACAAGGCGAGGGAGAAAAACCAAUUUAUGUGCAAGAGAUGUUGAAGGCGAUGAUUUCCCACAGCGAGCUUUGGGUACCCUUAUUGAGGGCAGUUCACCCCAACAGUACACUUCUGCAACAUCCUACUGUGUUAGUCGCCCAGAAAGCUUUGCGAUGCUUAACAGAUGAACAGCAAAGACAAGGCCUGCGUGUGGAGUUCUUGUUGACACUGAAGAACAACGAGAUCAGUCUUCUUGCUGCGUAUUGUGUCUUGGUUUCUUCCCAAGAGUCAUCAAUUGAUCAGAAUAAGAUAGAGGAAUGGAAAGCGCUAUUGUCGUCGGAGUGCGAAAGGGCUAAAAUCUUUUGUGGACGUUUUUCCAAAGUAGAGCAGACAUUUCGUUUUCUUAAGAAAGUAUGUGAAGGAUGUGUUGUGCUCUCAGAUGCAGACUCUAUCAUCGAUGAGAUCAACAAGAGCUAG